AUGGUAUUCAAUAAUGGUCAGCAAUUUGUGUCACAGAAGUUUGAGGACUUUUGCAUUCACAAUCAUAUCCAGCAUCUGACUACCACUCUGAUUCAUGCAGAUUCUAACUCAGAGAUGGAGCACUUUGUGCAUACAUUUAAGACCCAAAUGAGGAAGUCUGCAUCUGCUGCUUCCUGUAAUGAUACGUUGUUGAGCUUUCUGCUACAUAUUGGCUAUGCCCUCACCCUGUUGGGACACCCCUGCUGUGGUCUUGCCUAUAUGCCUGGUAGCAGGUUGGGCCAAAACGUUGUUCAGGGUGAAGGCUCCCAUUUGCAGUGGAAUGCUUACCUGUUACCACCCCCUACCUGUGCUCUCCUGUCAUCCUGUCACUUGCAAAAGUAG